GUUUUUUUAUGUUGAUUUAAUACAGAAUGUACAUUAAUCUGCGAUUCUAUUAAUUCUUAAAAGUAAAAAUAAAGUUUCUUUUUUUAUAUGCAGACAAAAGGUCACUCUAUUGAAUAAUAUAAGGAAUAUAAAAAUAAACAAUCCAAGAAUCCACGAAAAAAGCCUUAUAAUGUUGAUAAUAGUAAUGUACAAUCUGAAGUAUCUGGCAUUACAACGCAAAAAAAGCAACAGCCUUUGAGCGUAAUCAGCGCAUUUUCUCGUAAUAGUCAACAAGUUGCAGAUGACCUCAUCAUUUCCUUCGUUGUAGAAACAAUGUCUCCAAUGGGUAUCGUAGAACAUCAAGCGUUUAAAAACCUUAUAUGUGGUAAUAUAGCGUUUAAUCUGAUUAUUCCUUACGCAUUAAUGCAAUUUACAUUUACUUGUUCAUUUUUUAAUGAUGAAUUAAUCUAAUUUAUAUUGUUGUUGGAGUAUAUUAUUUUUGUUAAUAUUGUUGAAUUAAUCUCUCAGGUAUCAAUAAGUUAACAAAUUCUGUCACCAUAAUGACAAGAAAGACGUUACGAUCAAAGGUGGAUAUCAAGUACACAGCAUUUGACAGAAAUUUUGGAACAAACUAAGUAUGUUUGUACUACAGCUAAUAUUUGGUCGUCAUCAAAAAGAAGUUUUCUUGGUAUAAGUGCUCACUGGAUAAACGCAAGUUUUCAGAGAGAAAGUGCGGCUUUGGCUUGUCGCAGAUUUAAAGGUAGGCAUUCUUACGACAAGAUUGCUGAAAUGAUUCACGACAUACAUUGUGAAUUUAAACUUGAAACACAAAAAAUUGUAAAAGUAACAACGGAAAAUGCGUCAAACAUGGUAAAAGCCUUUUCGAUGUUCAGCCAAUACAAUCAAGCAAGUGAUUUAGAUAACGACAAUGAUUCAGACGAUGAUUUCGUUAUACAAGGCAUAACUAAAGAAACUGAGAAUGAUUCCGAUUCCAUAUCCGACAUAUUGUUACCUGUACGUCAACGUUGUGCGAGUCAUACACUGAAUCUGUUAAUCACAGUGGAUAUCAAAACUGCAUUAACAGGAUUCUCAUCUGGAAACAGUGGAGGGAACUAUACACGUUCCCAUCAUUCUGCUUUUGGAAAAUGCUCUGCUAUAUGGAAUUUAACAUCUCGAUCUCCUAAAGCUGCUGAGACAUAUGUCGCUAUUACAGGAAAGGCUUCAUCCUCACCCUGUGUCACUCGGUGGAACUCGACCUUCGAUUGUCUAAAUGACCUCAUUUCUGUCAAACAAUUUCUUGGUAGUGUUUGCGAUGCACUUGAACUGCAAAGAUUCAAGGACACUGACUUUGAAUUCUUAGCAGAAUACAUUGAAUGCGUCAAACCAAUCGCGGAAGCUUUAGAUAGGCUACAAGGCGAGAAAAAUUGUUUUUAUGGUGAACUUUUACCAAUUCUGCUACAAACGCAAAAGAAAUUGCAAAACCUACAACUCCGACAUUUAAAAUACUGUGAAAAAUUAGUAAUCGUGUUGUUACAAGGCUUAAAUAAAAGAUUCAGUGAUUAUUUUAAUUUUUCUUCUCAAGCAAACGAUGCUAUUUUAGCAGCUGUCAGUCACCCGUUCUUUAAGUUAAGAUGGGUACCAAAAGAAAAAAGGAAUAAUGUUAAAGAUUUGCUUGUUAAUGAAGCUGAAUCUUUAUUAAGCUAUAUGCCAAAAACUCGAGAUUCGACCAAUACAUCCGAUACCACUCGUAAUGAAAGCUUUUUUGUUUUUGAAGGGGGAUCAUCUUCAGAAAGUAUUACUAACACUUCCAAUAAAAAUAUGAUUGAACUAUAAUGUUUGCAAUACUUGCAAAGUGAAGAUACAUGUUUGGAAUCGCUUAAGGCAUUUCCUAUAAUAUAAGAAGUUUUUAUAAAAUAUAAUACUGCACUACCGUCAUCUGCGCCAGUAGAACGCCUAUUUUCAUACGGAGGUAUGAUUAUGCGCCCUAAUCGUCGAAGCAUGCACGAUGAUACCUUUGAAAAACAAUUACUGCUGAAAGUAAACAGUGUACUUAUUAAAAAUAUAAUAAUAAAGUUCAUGAAGUAAUUUUUUUUUAUAAAAAGUUAAAAUAAAUUACAUAUGCUAGAAAA